UAUGAAAGUUGUUUAUAAUAAAGUGUUUAAAAAAAAAAACUCAUGCUCUGUAGCUCUGACUUGAUGAAGAAUUAUCCCUUGACAGUGCAAACCAAAGAGGUCAAAAGUAGAUUAACAAAGGUUUUCCAGGUCGUCUGACUACUCCGAGCACCUUCAUACCACAGGUCACACAUCAGGCUGUUCAUAAGGGGGAUAAAGGGGGAAGCUUUCUGGGGCCUAGCCAAAUGGAGGGCCCGUUGAGGAUCAGGAUGUGGACAUUUCUGAUACUUCUCAUCCUGGGACUAAACGUCUGUCAGACUGCUGGACAAGAAAACUCCACACAAAUGUUCUAUAUCAAACUAGAAGUAGACUCCAAUGCAAUCCCAAAUGUAACACAUAUCCUGCAACCUUUUGUGAGCAACAAAACGCUGACAGUCGACGACCUGAAAAUAACAACAACCUGUAAGAACAAUUCAAAUAAACCUGACUCAGUUGACUGUGAAUGUACGACGGGCCACAAGUGGAGAGAGGAAGUCUGUAAAUCUCAGCCAAGCUGCUGUAGCACAGACAAAUGCACCCUCUCCCGACCCUCCAUGUGUGUUUCCAACACCUCAGUGGGAGUGUCUGGAUCUUUAACCUUGAAUGGAUUGACGUAUGCUCAUUGUCUGGAUGAAAAAAAGACAACUGCCUUCCUGGAUUGUAACUACAACCUGACAACAGAGAUGAAAAUUGUGUACAGCACUUUGAGAGGAUUUGACAACGUAACAAUCAGUAAAUACAGGUCUGGAAGCGUCAUUGCAGAUUUUGACAUGUUCCUUGCUUAUGAAUUCAAGCCAAAAGAUCUGCUUACCAAAUCACUGAGGUUAAACGAGAAACUUGAAUCUUUAUUUAAAAUGGAAACCACAGGUGUUGUCAGGCUAAGCAUACCUGAUGUCCCCGUUCCCUACAACAGCAAGAACGACCUCACAUGCACCAUCCAGCAGGAUCUGCAGACUAAACCAGAAUGGAGUUUAAGGAGAAACGGGCUAGAAUUUGAAAUAACGACCGGCACUGAGUCAAAAGUGUCAAUAGAUACACUGAAGACUAAUGUCGCACUCAGCAACGCAUCAGAACUGUGGGCAGGAGAGUACACGUGUCUCUACCGUCAGGAGCAGAAGAAUGUCAUUAUUGAUCACAAGGCCAGCGGAGAGUUGGACGUGUGCCUCAAGCCAGACAUUUUCAUCAGCAUAGAUCCUGGUUUUCCACAUUGCCAGAAAAAUUCAGAUACUCCUGCUGUGACCAUCAAAUGUGAUGUAGGGGGCAGCGGCAAAAAUUACAAUGUGACAUGGAGCCAUGAAAAUGCAAAAACCCUAGUACCUCGUCCUAAUGAUGUCAAAAAAGGUCUUUUCAUCGCCAUCACAAAUAUAGCCUGUGACCCAAAUAAACCUACACCUAAAAUCACAUGCUCUUUGAGGAACAGAUGCAAUCAAACCACAGAUGCUUCCAUUAUUGCUAAUAUCAUUUUUGCAAAUGAUGCGUUCUGUGAAACUGAAGGUGAGUGGAAAAAAACUAAAGCUGGAUUUACUUCACGGUUAAAGUGCAAGAACCAAGCUGGAAUAAGGCAACGGAGAUGCGACAACAGCACUACAAAGGCAAAAUGGGAACCAGAAGUUUCAAACUGUGUCAAUCAGAAUGUGGACGAUGUGCUGCGAAAAGCAAAUAUUGUUGACAUUGGACUGGGCUCAGUCCAUGACAACGCUGCACAGGUUUUCUCCGAACUUCAGAAUGUCACCAACAUCACAGAGAAAAUCGACACGGUCCCCAACCUUAAUGCAUCUGUUAACGUGCUUCACACCUUGAGUCUAAAGCUCCCUCAACAGCAGGAUACAGUAGUGGAUGACUUUCUGGGGUCAUCGAGCAAUUUACUGGACAGGUCUCUCAACAAAUCAUGGAGUGCAAGUGCAAAUGAGCGCAAUUCUUCAUUGGCUGAGACAUAUCUGGGCUCUGUUGAGCAUUUAAUCCAAAUGAUAAACAUAACACAGAGAUACAAGAAGAAAAAUGUCGAGGUAGAAGCGCGGAAUUGCUUGCAGGGAUCCCAUUGUAUCAACAAGGUGUUCAGUAACACAGUUAGUCUCAAGGGUCGGGACCCCGGCAAUGUAAAAACAGCCGGUUUCCAAGAGCUGGAGAAGUAUUUGCCCAACAACUUUGAAGAGUUCCAGCCUAACAGCAUCGUUAUUUCAACCACCACAGAGAGGAACAUAUCUGAUUCAGUGGAGGUUGAAAUAAAAUUCCACUUGCUCCAGUCCAGGCGUCGUAACUUUGACAUGAAGUGUGCAUCAUGGGACAAUGUAACCAGGGGCUGGUCAACACAUAAAUGCGAAUGGAGGCAGUAUGAAUAUAGUGAUAUUGGCGUCUGCGUUUGUCAACACUUGUCUUCAUUUGCUAUUCUGAUGGGAAAGCGUCCGCUGAGAGUGAAGUGGAUGACACAAACUACCUACGUUGGCCUGUCUGUAUCGGUCGUGUCUCUCAUUAUCAGCCUUGUGGUAGAAUUAAUGCUGUGGAGCGCCGUUGUCAAGACAAAUACUUCAUAUUUACGCCACACUGCCCAUGUCAACAUUUGCCUGUGUUUGUUAGUAGCAGAUUGUUGUUUCUUAGCGUCUUCUAAGCCAGAUCUUUCAACAAUCGUGUGUAAGACCUUAGUGGUGCUGAAGCAUUUCUGCUACCUGGCCAUGUUCUUUUGGAUGUUGUGGCUGAGCAGCACACUUCUCCAUCAAACAGUCUUUCUUUUCCAUAAUGUGAGCAAGAAGAUCUACCUGAAGUUCGCGGUUUUCCUGGGCUACGUGUGUCCUUUGCUGAUUGUUGUCAUCACGAUUCUUGUAACCAAAGGGGGAGCUGAAGGCCACUACUACACCAAAGACGGCUGCUGGCUGGUCUACACUGCACCUUUCAAAGGGUCCAUCCAUACGUUUAUCAUACCCAUCGGGAUAAUCGUCUUCUUCAACGUGUUCUCCAUGGUAGUGGUCAUUUUGAAGCUUCUGGAUCACCCUACAAAUGCAUCUGUUGGUGAUAAAGAAAAAAAGGCGGCUGUAACUGUCAUGAGGACAGUUGUUCUUCUGACUCCCAUCUUCGGUAUCACUUGGAUCUUUGGCUUUGCAGUGAUGAUUCUUGACCUCACAGUCGGAGUCAUCGCUUAUGUGGCAAAUUAUGCCUUCAUCCUGCUGAAUUCAUUCCAGGGUUUUUUCAUUAUGUUGACCGUAUGCCUGGGAGACACAAUGACCCGGGAAGAACUGUGGAGCCGUCUGACAAGAAAAGUGCCUGCAGAGACUAAGGAAAGCAUCACUGCCUCAACUGUAUCUAAGUAGAAAUUACAUCAAACAUGUCCACAAAUCAACUACCACAAAUAGGUUUUUGAUUUCCUGUGUCUACUUUUUGUUUACUUUGGUUUAU